AAAUAAUUUGGUCAAUGGUCACGUGAUCAGAAGAUGACAAAUGGACAGUUUGGCGACUGAGGUCCUAGUCCUUAUAUUCAGUUUCCUGCCUGUUAGUGAGAUAUUGUCCUGUAUAAAGGUAUGCAGAAGAUGGCACGAGAUCCUAGCCGGUCACGAGUCUCUCCUCUCUAACAAAGCUUGUGUACUAAAAUGUACCAGUAAGAUAUCAAGAGCGAAGCAGCUCUGGCACAUGAUAGCCAAACGCCAGCCUACGUCCGUGGUUCUAAGAAAUGCAGAUCCGGUGGUUCUACAAAUGUUGCUGAAACAUCACCCUACUGUAUCCGACCUGAGUGUUACAAUACAACUCAAAGAUCUCAAGAAAGUGUUAAGAACUGUUUGUCUUUUUAAAGGACUCCGUGCACUUGGAGUACACGUCAAAGGCGGAUCAAAGUUGACUCAGUUUGGUCUGGAAUGGAUCAACGCCCUGCCAAUUCUCCGCAAGUUGAGUCUCACAGAGAUAGGGUGUGUGUCUGUGGACCUUCCUCGGAACUAUAGAGGAAUGGUAGUGACAGGACGCUCUAAUAAUCUCAGCCACUUUACUCUCAACUACCCCACUGAGCUACCUGAUAAACAAGUUCUCACCAGGAUUGUGUCUCACCUCACCUGCUUCGAGAUGAAGUCAGUAUCGAAUGAAAAGUUUGCAGCACUGCGUGAAAACUUCCACAAUCUCCGAACAGUAAUCCUGACAGCUUGCAACUGUUCCAACAUGGAAUUUCCUGUCUCGCUGAUAAAGGAACUGCGGAUACAAGGGAUAGUUAGGGGCAAGCUGGAACUCGACAAGAUAUUGGACUUACAGAAGGUACACCUGAGCCUACAACAACCCCUCCCCGAGUGUUUACUACCAGGUACAGUCACCGAGAUAUCUCUCCGUGAUACUGUCAGUCACGACUCUCACUGGUUUCUAGGCCUUUCCAUCAACUGCGGCAACAUUUCCAAGCUCGACCUCAAAGGGUUUACUUUAAAGAACACGAUCGCUGCUUCACUGGGAAUGAGGUAUCCUAAAAUAACCUACCUGAACAUUAUGGGUUGCCUGUCUCGUCACGAGGACCAUAUGUACCUAAUCGGGCUUCUGCAGGACGCUAAACUCCUCACGACCCUGUCCUGUGAUACCCCCUACUCUUGCAAACUUCACGAUCUCAGAGAGGUGUUCCCGCACUGUUGGAUCUCGUCGGUUGACUACAAGAACAUUUCCGUGACGUCACAACUCCCACCUCCUGAAAAUGAUGUCAUCAUUGAUUUCGGGGACGAUUUCGAAGAGAAUCCGGAAGUUUGAAGGAAUGUCCCCUCAACUUCACUCUGGCAGUUAUGUUACGCAUGCGGUACGGUGGAAUGAAGAUAUCUUGGUGGCUGGCUAGUGCUACACGUGCUACAGUGCUACACGUGCACUGCUAGUUGCUACACGUGCACUGCGGACCCCACGAACCAGACUUUGUUUCCGUUCCACAAGGAGUUAAAUUUGGAGCCUUCCUCCUUUUCACCUACAAGUUACUGCAUCCGCAACAUAGAUGCCAGAGUGAACUUGAGAGGAUGUUUCUUCAAAUGUGUUUUCUUUUUUCUUAACUGCUCGCCCAAAUUAGCUUAAAAUGAUAAAUUUCGAACAUGAGUGGUCUAACCCAAAAGUAACUUUCAAAAUAGCUAUGUUAUCAGUUUUAGAGUUCAGACAUUUGGGCGAGCGAUUUAGUUCGAAUGAAUAACAGUAUUUUUCUGGUUAUUUUAAAUGCAAGUUGUUAGAUCUAAUAAGUAAAACUUGGAGUUUAAUAACCAUUUUUAUUUUUUCUUAUAUAAUUCAAUUUUACCAGUAGAUUUGGUGAGUGGAUCAAAUCUCUUUCCACAUUUUAGUUGUUAUUUUAGCUAAAUAUUGAAUUCUUUAGCAUAAAUAAGUCUCAGUGGUAUGAAUACCAUUAUCUAAAUAUAUUUGAUAUGGAAUGUUUUCUGAAAUUUAAGGUCCUUACAUAUCGAAAGUAUGUAAGAUCCGAAAUUUAACUAUUCUCAGCGUUUGAAAUCUAACAUUUUUAUGACAAGUUUUGUUGCACAUUCUAUUUAUUUUCGAUUUCAUGAAGAUAAUAUUCCUUGUUUACCUUUUUCUGGUCACCUUUUCAGGUUAUUUCCACCUUUGACGAACCGGUACACCAGCGGUGGAAUAAAGUUCCCUAUUAUUGACGUAUAUUUUAAAUUCUAUAGGAAAUAAUCCAGAAGUGAUUUUAUUUGCAAAAUUUAAAUUAAUGAGAAUGUUAUUGGUAAAGUAUUAAACUUAAUGAAAAAUUAUAUCACAAUGAUUGAAAUAAAAACUACAAAAAAUAACAAUAAACGAUAAAUGAUGAUAUGAAGAAAAACAAUCCUCUUCCCCAUUUUAUGACCCUCCAGCUCCAUUAGCAAUGAUAUAGAUGUGGAUACUCGUGGGGAGGUGAUACAUGUUUGUUUACUUUAAUAGUAAUUACCUGUUCGGCAGGUUGAAGAGGUGAUACAGAUUUAUUUGCCUAGCAUAUGUACGGUGGAAUGAAAAACAAAACUUCCGACGCGAUGCAAUAUAUAACCGUCGCGUGGAACCUUAUCAGAAUUAGAAAACAUUGUUUUUUAUAUAUCAUGUUAGAAUACCAUCUUCGUUAUAUAGUCAGAAACCCCUUAUAUAUCUUUCUACUCAUUAUUAACAUAC